GACGCUUCCCUACUCGGAGGGCGGAAGUUGCGCGAACCGAUCACCAGCGGUGGGCGGCGAACGCCUAGAAAUGAGCGCCGGGCUGCGGCUGCGCUUCACCGCACUAUCUGACCUGACGCAGUCCUCGGGACGCUGAGAAGACGAUGUUGAGGAAGUGCAGCGGCCGCCCGGGGUUUUUAAAAAGCAAACGGGACCGACUCUGAGGACUAUGUAGUGGCUUGUUCGCUGCUCUUUUUUUUUUGAGACAUUUCUGCGAGGAUGCUGCGCUGGAUGCGAGAACAGCUGGGUUUUGACCCACCACAUCAGAGUGAUACAAGAACAGUUUACAUAGCAAACCAUUUCCCUCAGCAUGGACACUAUGUCCCCCAGAGGUUUGCAGACAACAGAAUCAUAUCUUCAAAGUACACAGUUUGGAAUUUUGUUCCUAAAAAUUUGUUUGAACAGUUCAGAAGAAUAGCCAACUUUUAUUUUCUUAUAAUUUUUCUUGUCCAGUUAAUGAUAGACACUCCUACUUCACCUGUGACAAGUGGACUUCCUUUAUUCUUUGUCAUCACAGUAACAGCUAUUAAACAGGGUUACGAGGACUGGCUGCGGCACAAAGCUGACAACGAGGUGAACGGGGCGCCUGUGUUUGUAGUGCGCAGUGGAAGCCUGGUGCAGACCAGGUCGAAAAGUAUCAGAGUUGGGGAUAUCGUCAGAGUAGCCAAAGAUGAGACUUUCCCUGCAGACUUGGUGCUUUUAUCAUCUGACAGAAUAUCGGGGACAUGUCACAUCACCACUGCUAGUCUGGAUGGAGAGACAAAUCUAAAGACUCACUGUGCUGUCCCAGAAACAGCUGUGUGCCAGACAGCAUCUAAGCUGGAGGGCCUGCAGGCUAUGGUGGAAUGUCAGCAGCCUGAAGCUGACCUUUACAGGUUUGUUGGCCGACUGACUGUGAAACAAAAUGAAGAAGAAAUAGUAAGACCUCUAGGACCAGAAAACCUCCUCCUUCGUGGAGCAAGACUUAAAAACACCAGAGAAAUUUUUGGUGUGGCGGUUUACACAGGGAUGGAAACGAAGAUGGCCUUGAACUACAAAAGCAAAUCUCAGAAACGUUCAGCAGUAGAGAAGUCCAUGAAUACAUUUCUGAUAAUCUACCUUGGCAUUCUGCUCUUGGAGGCCACACUUAGUACUAUCCUGAAGUAUGCCUGGCAGGCUAACAGCCAGUGGGAUGAGCCAUUUUACAACAGGAAGACAGAGCAGGAAAAAAACAGCAGCCAGAUCCUGAAAUUCAUCUCGGAUUUUCUGGCCUUCCUGGUCCUAUAUAAUUUUAUUAUUCCAAUUUCUCUUUAUGUGACUGUGGAAAUGCAAAAAUUUCUUGGGUCGUUUUUCAUUGGCUGGGACUUGGAUCUCUACCAUGAAGAGAGCAAUGAAAAAGCUCAAGUCAACACAUCGGACCUGAACGAGGAGCUUGGUCAGGUGGAGUAUGUUCUCACUGACAAAACUGGUACCCUGACGGAAAACGAGAUGCAGUUCCGCGAGUGUUCUAUCAACGGCAUAAAAUACCAAGAGAUCAACGGCAGACUGGUUCCGGAAGGCAUGACCGAUGAUUUGCUUGGAGAAUCUUCACCUCACUUGAGCAGUGAGGAGGAGCUGUUCCUGAAAGCCGUCUCUCUGUGUCACACAGUGCAGAUCAGCUAUGAUCAAACAGACGGCCUGGGGAAGUCAUUCCCACAAGCCAAUGGUUCCUCACCGCAUAUGGAGUACUAUGCCUCUUCACCAGAUGAGAAGGCUUUAGUAGAAGCUACAAAAAGAAUGGGAGUAACCUUUACAGGGAUCAAAGGGGAAAAUAUGGAAAUUAAAACAUUUGGAAGACUGGAAAAGUAUAAAUUACUUCACGUUUUAGAAUUUGAUGCAAACAGGAGAAGAAUGAGUGUGCUGCUGCAGGCACCUUCAGGAGUGAAGUUACUCUUCACCAAAGGAGCAGAAUCAUCCAUUCUUCCUUACGCCAUCAGUGGCUCGAUAGAAAAGACAAAACUCCAUGUGGAUGAAUUUGCAAUGAAAGGCCUAAGGACCCUGGUAGUGGCCUGCAGGCGCUUCAGCUCAGAGGAGUAUGAGGAGGUGGACCGUCGCCUCCAUGAGGCACGCACAGCCCUGCAGCACCGUGACGAGCGACUGGCCGAGGCGUUCGACUUCAUUGAGAGGGACCUUGAGCUACUGGGUGCCACUGGUGUAGAGGACAAGCUGCAGGAGAAGGUCCAAGAGACAAUUGAGGCCCUGUGUCUGGCAGGCAUCAAAGUGUGGGUGCUGACUGGAGAUAAGCAGGAGACAGCAGUCAGCGUCAGCCUCAGCUGUGGCCACUUCCACAGGACCAUGAACAUUCUGGAGCUCGUCCAGCAGAAGUCGGAUAGCGAGUGCACGGAUCAGCUUAGGAAGCUGGCUAGGAGGAUCAGAGAGGAUCAUGUGAUCCAGCAUGGCCUGGUGGUGGAUGGAGUCAGCCUGUCCCUGGCCCUUAGGGGGCAGGAGAAGCUCUUCAUGGAGGUGUGCAAGAGUUGCACAGCUGUGCUGUGCUGCCGCAUGGCACCACUCCAGAAGGCCAAGGUGGUGCGACUGUUGAAGACAUCCCCAGAGAAGCCAAUUACAUUAGCGGUUGGAGAUGGAGCUAAUGAUGUUAGCAUGAUUCAAGAGGCUCAUGUUGGUAUAGGUAUCAUGGGCAAGGAGGGAAGACAAGCAGUCGGAAACAGUGACUAUGCAAUUGCAAGGUUUAAAUUCCUUGCCAAGUUGCUGCUUGUUCACGGCCACUGCUACUACAUUAGAAUAGCAACCCUAGUACAGUAUUUUUUCUACAAGAAUGUUUGCUUCAUCACACCACAAUUUUUAUACCAGUUCUUCUGUCUUUUUUCGCAACAAACGCUGUACGACAGUGUGUACCUGACGCUGUACAACAUCUGCUUCACAUCUCUGCCCAUCCUCGUGUACAGCCUGUUUGAGCAGCUGGUGCAGCCACACGUGCUGCAGAGUAAGCCUGCGCUCUACAGAGACAUCAGUAAAAACUCCCUGCUGUCCAUGAAGACAUUCCUCUGCUGGACACUGAUGGGAUUCGGCCACGCGUUUUUCUUUUUCUUUGGCUGCUACCUGCUGAUGCACGAGGACACCUCUCUAAUGGGAAAUGGACAGAUUUUGAAAGCUAACAGACUGAUGUUUGGAAACUGGACAUUUGGCACUUUGGUAUUCACAGUUAUGGUCAUUACUGUUACAUUAAAGUUGGCCCUGGAGACACACUUCUGGACAUGGAUGAAUCAUUUUGUCACAUGGGGCUCCAUUGCUUUUUACUUCAUCUUCUCAUUUUUCUACGGAGGAAUUCUCUGGCCCUUCCUUCACACCCAGGACAUGUACUGUGUCUUCGUCGAGUUGCUUUCCAGUGGCUCUGUGUGGUUUGCAAUAAUCGUCAUCGUCAUCAGUUGCCUGGUCCCGGAUAUCAUCAAAAAGGUUUUCUACAGGCACCUCUGGCCCACCAGCACUCAGAUGUCACAGCUUAUCGAGGGUGAUUCGGGCGUGAGCUGUGUGGACUCCAUGUGCUGCUUCUCUGAGGGCGAGCGCCAGCACUCAUGGGUGGGCCAGGCGAUGGAGCGAACGUUGGGCCGCUGGGACCCUACCCGGAUCAGCAGGUCGUGGAGGACCUCGGACCCAUUCUACCCCAGUGAUCGGAGCAUCUUGACACUGUCCUCCAUGGAGGCCUCUCAUUGCUAAGGUGGGGGGGGAGAUGAUGUCCAGGGACUCCCAGCUCGUCCUGGUCCUACUUGUUGUGGGCAGGCUUAACGGUUAUGAAGAAUCUAGUGUUUCCAGGCUGUUGUCAUCAGAGAGCCAUGUUUUUAUUGAGGGGUGGAAAAAUGCCUAAAGGAAAGUUAGAUUAUGCCAAAGAAAAGAAUGUGGUUAUUCUGAUGACACGAUUUUGUCAGACUUGAGUGAACCCAAACACAACUGUUUUUCUCUUGUGGGUUAAUGCAUCUCUUUUGGAUCUUGAAGUCCACUGUCUUUCCUGAGGAAAAUAGGAUUCCUUUUAAGCCAUAUUUUCAUGUUUAAUAUACCUGAUUUUAAAGGUAUCAGUUUGUCUCAGAUUAUUUGCAUCAAGUAUAAUCAUUUUAAUCUAUUUCAUUAGAAACUUGCAAGUGAAACCCAGACAUCUACAUAGGAUUUUUUUAAAAUAGUUUUGACCAACACAAUACAAUAGAUUUU